AUGACAUUUGUUGCUGGCAGUAAAAUGGACUGGCUGUACCCAAGAUGUCACAGGGAGUUCCUAGCUCAAACUCUCUGUCGUUUGGGAUUGUUCGUGAUCUGUAUGGUAAGUUAAUUAUUUUGUUGAAUAAAAUUAUAUAAUGUAUCCAGCAGGUGGCAAAUUAUUAACGCGUUGGAAUGCAGUUUUGUUGCAAUAAUUAACAAAUUAGCUAUAUAAGAUCAGUUAAAUUAUAUAGGGCAACCCUCACCAAAUUGGCCUAGUCACAUAUGUAUUUAAUUGGCCUACGUGAAAUGUGUCUAUUUUAUAAUAAACAAUAUUGACGGAUGUUUUGGACGGGGAAGUGGGGUCACUUUAAUAUGGAGUGAAACGCUAAUCAUUCCAUCUCAUGCCAUGUCGCUUGCAAUGAAGCAGAGAUAGAGGCUGCAGAGACAGAGAGCGGAUUAUAAAUUGGCCACUGUCUGUUCCAACUAACCAUUCAGCUGUGGCAGUGCAAUAAUACGAGGAUAGAGGACAGAGAGAGUCACCAAGCUGUAUCCCAUACACAGCAUUCCAGCAUUCUGAGAGGACAGUUAUAGGGAUAAUACCUGGCUUUGUUCACUGACCAAUGAAUGACCACCAGGGUCGGGACUCCUUUCCAUCAGGGUGCUGACUCCUUUCACAACAUGUCCUGAAGUGACCUCAACUCAGAGACGUGAUGUAGGCAUAUAGUGGGAAGAUGUCCCUAUAAACACUGAUGCAGGUUCAGAUAUGUGUUCAGCUCACUAAUGGUUAAGGUUAGGAUUUGUGGUAGGGUACUGUAUCUAAUACUAUAUCUGUGAUUAAGGGCAACAUGUUUCUCCCUUGGGGAAACAGGUAUUCUGAGUAAAUAAAGGUUAAAUAAAAAUAUAUGUAAAAGCAUUACUUUGUUAUGUCAUCAUCAUUACUACCAUCUCAAGGUGCACUGUAAAACAUUUCCUGUAAUUUUUAAAGGAAAUUACAGGCAGCACAGUAGCCAGAAGGUUACUGUAAAAUUAUAGUAUUUUACUGACAGCACAGAAGCCAGUAAAUUACUGUAGAUUUACAGGACUUUUACUGUAACACAAAUGUACAGCCUAUUACUGGAACAUCUGACUACAGUAACAUGCUGUAUUUCUAGAAUUUAUAGUGCAAUCCUGGAAGCAGAGUGGUUAGUAAACUGUUGCAGAUUUACAGUGCAGGUAGUGCCAACGACGGGCAGUAUUUCUGUUACAUGUAUUUGAUAUAGGUAUUUCAAUACUUCCAAUACCUAUUUUGUAAUUUGUAUUUCACUGGCUGAACUACAUUUUGGUCAUUUAGCAGACGCUCUUGUCCAGAGCGACUUCCAGUCAGUGCAUUCAUCUAAGGUUGAUAAAAAAAAAACACAUAUCACAGUCAUAGCAAGUAAAACAUUUCUAUAUCCUUUACUGGGAAUGUUGUUUUAGUUAAGGAUACAUUGGUCUUCAAAAUAUCCUGUAUUUGUAACAAGAUACCUUUUGGAUGUAUCUUUGCCCAUCUCUGGCUAAUGCAAAGUACAUUACUGUAAUAUUCACAGUAACUUGCCACCAGCUUCCUGUAAGUUACUGUAAAAUGCAGAGCAAUGACAUAGUACAAAACUGUGAAAUUAGCAUACUAUACUGUAAGAAAAUAUAUGCUACUGUAAUCAUGUUGGUAUUUUACGGUAAUUACAUGGGAUUAGUACAAGCAGGUUGGCUGCUAGGUAUUUGUAUAUUACAGUAUAUUUAUGAAUAUUUUAUGUUUAAUAACUUCUAGAGGCCUAAACAAAGGCUUCCAAACUGGCUGUGAUUACAGGGCAAAACAAAUCAAAAGGACACUGCUAAAUAUUCAACAAUUAGCGGUUUACGACACACUGUCAUUCUGAUCUGUACCCUAUAUACUGUACUUUAAAUCAGUUCAAUUGGUACAGCAUUCUCACUAACGGGUGCAACAAAAAUAGCCACUUAAAAUAUGUUAAUGAGCCAAUGCACCAUAAUUCACAGUAUGCUGCUGUAAUUCUAAAGCAGGGUAGCGGAACAGUACGGUACUGUAAUUUAGAAUUACAUUAGCUAACUGUGAAAGUUUUGCUGUACAUUUACAGCAAUUUGUUACCGUGAGGGUGACACCUAUGAUUGUAUUAAAGUGACUUGUGUUGCUGUUCUUCUUUCUGUCCUCUUCUCCAGGGAAUGGUGUUGACCAUGUCCAUGUAUCCCAUGCUGAGAGCCCUCGGUGUCCAGCUCCAUUCUGCCUUCAUGGGGAGCUACGUACCUGGACACCACUCUGUCCUCCUCAUCAACUGCCCCAAUGAACAGGCAGCCAAGGACAUAGGCAGGUAAGCUACAGGACAGCCAGCCUGGUCUCAUAGACUAGACAUAAUAUAGUAACUGUAAAACCAGGGUACUCAAAUUAGUAUGAUAUGUUAUGUUUGGUAUGGUUACAUAAGCCUAAAUAACGUUAUCAAGCUAGCUAACGUUAGCCACCUAGCUAGAAUUCGUAACAUAUCCUACAUUUUGCAAAUUCGUUACAUAUUG